UACAAAAAAAUUUUUGUUCAAGGAUGUCUUUCUCGAAUUUCAUCAGGAGGAGAUCAUCUCGAAUUUCCUGCACGUGUCCAUUCCGUCGCAACCUCUGUUUAAACAAUUCGAAGCCCAUACACACUCAAACUGUUCGAUUCAGCUCGUCGAGUUGCCUCGAUCCAAACGAGGGCAUUAUUACUCGAGAGGGUUUUGGCCGAAGCUAUACACAGUCCUGCGACUGUGGGUGGAUCACGGUGGAUCGGGGAUCUACUUCAAGGCUGUCCGCGGACUGCGGAUUGCGUAAAUUGCGUGGUUUUUUGACUUGCGGAUUGCAUCUGCGAAAAUUUUUUUCGCUUGCAUACAGCCCUGAUCUAUCUACCACCCCCCCCCCCUAA